AUAACAGAGACCAGUUGGAUACACUCUGUAUAUUCCGGCUAAGAUGCGCGGCGCGCGCAUUUGCAGAGCAUCAAAGCCUUGAAUCUCAAUUUUACCGACGCCGACGGUGAGAAUCGGCCGCAGAGGAGAACACAGGGAUAGAGGGACUCUUCGCUAUGGUGGAGGAUGACGACGAUUGGGGCGAUUUCGUCGACCAUUCCUCUCAGAUCGGCGAUGGUUUCGAUCUCUCCGGUGGACUCUCCUGUGCCCGGCCUUCUCCCAAUUCAAACUCCUCCUCCGACAUGUCCCCGGAGAUUCAGUGGGCGAAGUCUCAGGGGGCUAUUCCGCUUUCCAUUUUUGGGGAGGAGGAAGAGGAGGAGGAGUUUGGAUCCGGUGUAGUUGGUUCUAGUGUUGGGUUUGGAGAGAUUUCGUCUGUUGGGAAAGAGAGUGGUUCGGCGAAGAAGGGAGGGGGUUUGGGUGUUGGGGUUCGGAUUGAUGAUUUGAUAGCGAAUUUGUAUAGUCCAAAUCAGCAGAUCAAAGCGGGAAGUCCAUUGAAAUCGAACAUGGAAUUCGAUUCUUUGAACUUCAGUACUUCGUUGGAUUUUAAAUCUAGUGACUCCAAUUUGAAUGUCAAUGGGGUACAUUCUUAUGCUAGCCAGACCAAUUUCGAAAGCGAUUUUAGAGGUUUUGAAGCUAAUGGAGUGAAGUCUAAUGGGUUCCAUUCUGACUUGACAAACGUCGGUGAGAGCAAUGAGGAUGACGGGGAGGAGGUGGCCGAUUUUGAUGGCUGGGAAUUUAAGGCUGCAGAGUCAGCUACGCCAACGGGUGAUGCUCAGAAAGCCAAGGUUGACACAACAAGACAAGAAGCUUUUGAUGGAGUAGCACGGGCAUUUGAGUUUGCAAUCAAUGGACAUAACCAUGGAGAUUUAAUUGUAAAAUCAAAUGGAGCUGUUAACAACAUAGAUGAAUGGGACAACGGAUUUAAUCUUGAUGCAAGCCCUGUGGUCCAACAUGGUGUCGUAUCAAACUCUCAAAAUAAAAAUGGUCAGAAUGAUCUAGAUUAUGGCUUAAAUCCUUCUCCUAUUGAUCGGAAUGCCAAUGGUGAUGGACAUGUUUGGGAUUUCAAGGAUGCUUUUUCUGAUGCAUCAGACUAUAAGUUGGAAGAGUUGAAGCCUGUCAUCAUGCCUCCUAAUGGUGUAGAGGUGCUUGUUCCAAAUGGUAGUGUCGAUGUUUCUUUGUUCGCUCCUGGGAUUUCUGACAAAUCUAAUGAACAACAAAAUUUUGACUUAAGUUUCAACCUGAAUUGGGGGAAAGAAGACAAUAAUCUUUUGAAUGGAAACCAGGAUGGCAACUUCCAUGAUACUGGGAGAGAUUUAAACACUUCUCUAGCUAACGAGAAUGAUGAUUUCAGUGAGAAUAUUUGGGAUUUCAAGUCUGCACUUUCAGAUUCUGGAUCAAACAAUAAGGAAGAGCCAGUUGAAUCUGUGGCUGGUCUUGAAGCUCCUGCUUUUGAUUUUAGCUAUAGUAGUCAGAGGAAUUCAGAGUUAUUGUCCAGUCACCGGAAGGCCUUGCCCUUGUCAAUUCUUGAAGAUGAAGAGCUGGAAACUGCGGAUGAUUUUACAAUGAAUCAAGAUGCUUCUACCUUUAUAUCUGUCACCAGUGAAGGACGUGAUAACAAGAAUCCUGGUUCUAAUGUAUCUAUCAAUGACAUGAUAUCAAGUCUAUAUAAUCAAGCUGAGAAAAAUGGUUCCAUCAAUUAUUCCCCUGAAGAAAAUGAAAAUGGAAUAAAUUUAUCAUCAAGGAUGUCACAUUCCGAUUUAGGCAAUGAUGAUGAUGAUGAUUCCUGUGAAUUCAAGGAUGCAUCACCGAAUGUUAACGUGACCGAUCAAACUUACGUUACCAUUCUUGGAGAUUUACCCAAGCCGUCAUCUACUAAGCUACAGUUUGAUUGUUACAUGGAUUUUUAUCACAAGUUAAAUCUUGUUUUGAACCAUGUUGUUCACGGCCUUCUUGGGAAUUUAGAGAAUGCCCAAAGUAAUACCUCUCUUUCUGGUGAAAGUGCAAAAUUAAGAGCCAUUUGUGAAGAAAUUCGGAAUUUCAGUGCCGAACUGUCCCAAGAGAACUUCACGACUGAUAACUUCUCAUCAGAUGUUUUCCUUCCAAAAAAUGAUUUCAGUGAAAUCUUUGAAAUGUUGCGGGAUCCAAGGUUUCAUAUUCUGGAUGAAGAAUUCCAGUUGUCGGAAAGGUUACCAUUGGCAGAAAAUGAUUUGACAUCAGCUGUUGAGCUCUCGAAACACGUUGUGUCAACUCUGAAGAUUCUCAAACUUGUGUCAGUGGAGAAGCAACCUAAUUAUGUUUCCAUAUGGAACAAAAUGAUGUUUAUUUGCUUUCAAGAACUAAAACAUGGUGCUUCGAUUUGGAACGAAUCCAUACAGAGAAAUGUUGAAAGUUGCAUAUUAUCUGAACCUCAAGGAAAACGGUAUAUCUGCGCCCUUGGAGAGAUUUAUAGGGUAGUUCAAGUGCUUAGAGCCUCAGUUACACUUUACAAGCCAUGGAUUCUGUUGGGUCAGGUUGAUCCCAGUGGCUUGAUUUCUCUUCUAAAUGAGUGCUCCAAUAUUUGGACGAGUUCAGGACUCGUUGAGGCUCUCUGCAAGACUGAUGGUCCUAUUGAUUGCAAGGCAUUAUUGGAUUCUAUCAAUUUUAUUCAGAAUCUUGAUGAAUGGGGUCUGAGAAAGCAUGUUCUCUUCGGACAACAGCCUACUUGUAAUCUAUCACUCAUAAAUGCUGAAUCAAUUCCAGGCUUGGAUUUGGUGGUCUGGGAUGGGGAGAGCUACUUUUUGAAGCUUGCAAACUUGUGGGCAAAUCUAAUAGACCGCGAUCCUCCAUUCAUUCAGCACCCAAAUAAUAGGUGAUAAGAGGGUUGAGUUGAUUUGUAUGAUAGUCUGGAUGAUGUGGCUGUUGCUAUUUUCUCCAAACAAGGUUUCGUCAGCUUUCGUCCCAGAUGCUUGUCCGUGUCGAUGUUUAAUAGGAAACGCUAGAUAAUUUCACUUCUUGAGAUGAAAGUAAGAAAGGAGAAUACUUUCUGGCCUUUCAAGAAGAUCCAAAUAAAUCCAUCUGGGUCUCUUGGGAACCAUUCUUUAGAACAGCCGCUACAUAGCAAUUGAAGAUGUUUGAUAUUUGUAUCAUAUGGUGCCCAGAACUGGAUGGAUUCAGAGCACCGCAUUGAUAGAUAGAAAUUUCCUUUUAUUCCUUCUGGUUCUUGUUUAG